ACCCACACAGGCACACACACAGAUAGCAACAAUACGCACACACACUCAGGCAAGCGAGCAGAGCAGCGACUACGACAAUGUUGGAGGAGUGCAGCUGUGAAAAAUUAAACAAAAGUGCUAAAUUUGAUUAUUAAAUACUCAGCGGCAGCGGAAACAAAACAUUCAACAUUUCCAACCAACGCAGAUUCUUGAAAAAGCUCGUCAACAUGGAUCGAGUCACAAAACCGCAGAAGAAAAUGCUAAUAACAUUGCUGCGCGAGACGAAAUACAUGGAAGGCAAGAAGGAAAAGGAAUGGUAUUGGGAGAAGAUUCAAGCGGCGCUUAACACUAUCGGGCCCAAAAAGACCAUCAUUCAGUGGAAAAAGUGCUGGCGCGACAUGCGCCUGACGACGAGAAAGAAACUGGCCGAGCUGAAGCGCUGUCAACUGUCUGGCGGGUCGCCACCACCAGGCAUUGAGUUGAACCAGGAGGAUAACGAUAUCAUUGACAUUGUGGGCACUGAGUACUUUUACGAGGAAAUGAACGGCGAGCUUAAGCCGGAAAACUUUAUGACCGGCUUUGACUACGUGCCGGAGCACUUUUGCGAUGCCAUACUGACGGCUGCUGCGGGCCAGCAGCAGCAGCACAUGCAACACCCAAAGGAUCCACAAUCCCACAGUGGCCAGCAGCCGCAGGAUCAUCACACCAAUGAUGGGGAGACAAACGAUGCGCCAGGCUCCUCGAACGGUGGAUCGUACCAGGGUCAGAACGUGAGUCAGCUGCAGUCGCACAACGGUGGCGGCGGAGAGCAUGGUAAUGGCAAUAGCACGCAGCCGCAUCCCGGCAUGCCGCAGCAUCCUGCCUUUCAUGGUGGUCUGCAUCCGCAUCUGCUACGACGUCAACAUACAAACGCGGCGCUGCAGCGGGAGACGCCGUUCGAGGAGAAGCUUUUGCAGUUCAUGCAGGAUGCGUUUCCUAAAAAGAGCAAAAAGCGCAAGCAGCGCGAUCCGGACAAGCUUUUUCUGCUAUCGCUCUAUGAGGAGAUCAAACGGGUGCCGGAGGAAAUACGCCUGGACGUGAAAUCGGAGCUGAUGCAAAUCUUAAAGAAAUACCAGAAGAAGUCACCAGUUAAGGCGGAGAAAUCCUCAGCUUCGACGUCCUCAGCCGCCAAACAGAGCAGCAACAGCAGCAGCAGCUCCGCCUCGGCUCAUCUCUCGCAUAGCAUGUAUCAGCUGCAGAAGAAAUAUGAGAAGGGCGAAAAGGAGGCGUCGCCGCAAUCACAGGGGGAUCCGGUGCCACUGCAUGCACCGCAACAGCUACCACUGUUCCAGCUGCACAAAAAGUACGAAGAGACCGCCGAAAAGGUGCAUCAACAGCAAAGCGAACAGCGCAAGCUUGAGGCUGCCCACCAGCAGCAGCAUGCCGCCCAUCAGCAGCCGCCACCGCCGCCCAAUGAGCAGCAUUUGCAUCAUCCGCAAAUGGCGCAUAAUAUAAUGUUUCCGCUGGCGCAGCUGCGCAACGAGCAGCCGCCGGGGCAGCAUCAUUCGCACAAUCCACAUCAGCAGCAACAGCAGCAUCCCCACCAGCAACAGCAGCAGGCACAACAGCAUCAUCCGCCAACGAUCUUUGGCACCGCUGCUAGUGCAGCCGCCAUGAGCGCUGACCGCCCAGCGAUGUCGUACGAGAACGUUGGGUGAAUGUUGAGCCGUCUGUGGGAAGCCACUUGUGGAGCGCGCCCUUCGACGGUGUCCCCCACGACGGCAGACGCGCACAACUGUUAGCAACAACAAGCAACUAGCAACUGUUAGCCAACCGGCCCAGCUCGACGACAGGGUCUGGUCGGGGUCUCUCUUACGCCCGCCACAUAAAUGCCGGAACUGUGUGCAAAAUUGUUUCAAACACUAGGUUUUACUCGUACUUCUAAUCCUUACGCUAGCUUACUAUGUAGCCAUGAAAUGAUCUUCAUGUAAAUGCCAUUGGGCUCGAUCCCAAUGGCUUAUCAUCAAUAAUUGUGUAUAUACAUAAGAAUAUAUACAUACAUAUUAGAAUUACAUAUUGAAAUUGUGACUUUAUUUUCAAUUACAACAAAUGAAUUUAA